AUGGCACUGGACGGACUCAUCAUACUAGACAAUGUCGGCCGGCCCAUCAUCCAAUCCGGCUUCAGAGGCUUCUCCGCGGCGUACCCGAUGGUGCACAUCGACGCUGUGAACAAUGCGUUCGAGAAGGCCGUUAGGCCGACCGAUGUUGACCCUGUUAUCUCUGUCGACUCUUAUGGGACGAGCGACUCGCCUAGCGCGUGCUGCCAUGUCGCGACGGCCGACAUACGCGUCCUUUGCCCCGUUAGCGGGGAUGUGGACACUCUGCUCGCCUUUGCGUUCAUCGGAACCUUCAUCGAAAUCUUAAUGGAAUAUUUCGGCAGCGUAUCUGCCGCGACGCUCAAGGAGAACUUCGACGUCGUCUAUCAGCUUUUGGAAGAAACUCUCGACGCCGGUGGUCACCCACUGACCACCUCUCCAAACGCACUGCGCGAUAUCGUCCUGCCACCUUCACUACUCAGCAAGUUGCUGAACGUAACCGGCGCUAACUUUACUUCGUCCCUCAACUCGGGUGGCUCUGCCGCAGGAGGAGCAUUUUCUUCACCCAUACCUUGGCGGAAGGCUGGGGUGCGGUAUAACAAUAAUGAGGUUUUCUUCGAUGUCGAUGAGCAGUUGCGGGCGGUUGUGAAUAAAGCUGGUACAUCACUGUCCAGCAGCGUGUAUGGCAAAAUGGAAUGCAAUGCAAAGCUAUCGGGUACACCUGACCUACUUCUAACCUUCACAAAUCCGCACGUUCUCACAGACUGCGCCUUCCACCCCUGUGUACGCCUCCAACGUUUCGCCCGCGAUCGUGCCCUCUCUUUCGUCCCUCCCGACGGGCACUGCACACUGAUGCAAUACCGCUACGCGCCUGGUCCGUCUUCGACAGCUACACCCGCCGCAUCCGCCGUCGCUGCGCUCCGCGAGAACGUGCCGCUACCCGUGUCGCUGAAGAUCGCCGUCGAUUUGCCGCUGGCGGGGGAUGAGCCAGUAACCUUUACCCUAACGCUUACCUCCCGCCUCACUACGCGCGACAUCGAGGGGUUCACCGCCGAGUUUGACCUCGGGCAAGACGCGACGGCGGUGAAGUGUGUGUGCUCGAGUGGGCGGUCGACGGUGGGGUCGGCGUUGGCGGGCCCUUCGAUGGGGGCGUCGUGGCAGUGGGAUUCGAGGGCGCAUACCGUCAAAUGGACCAUCCCGCGCGUAGGGCCGGCGGCCACGUUCACGAUCGAGGGCUCCUUUGCGUCGGGGUCGCAGCACCCCCCACGCCCCUCGCACGCCAUUCGGACAACCUUCGCGAUCCCGACGCAGACGUUCUCGACGCUGAAGGUCGACCAGCUGAAGUUAACAGGGGAGAUGUACAAACCGUACAAGGGCGUGAGGGGGAAGAGUGAUUGCGAUAUCGAGUGGAGGUGGUAG